AUGAGCCGAAAGCUCGCCCCCGAAGCCAAUAGGAUUCUCUUCGUCAAGAACCUCAACUAUAACGUAACAGCGGAACAACUCUUCGACCUCUUCGGCAAAUUCGGCCCUAUUCGCCAAAUCCGCCAGGGUAUCGCCAAUAAUUCCAAGGGAACUGCAUUUGUUGUCUACGAGGACGUUCACGACGCCAAACAGGCAUGCGAUAAGCUCAAUGGCUUCAACUUCCAGAACAGAUACUUGGUUGUCUUGUAUCAUCAGCCAGACAAGAUGGUCCGUACGAAAGAGGACAUUUUGGAAAGGCAAGAGAAUUUAGAACGGCUCAAACAGCAACACGGGAUAGAAUGAUGUGACGAUUUCCU